AGCUCACCUUAUUGCAUUUGGGGUCUGUGUGACCCACAGCAAUAUUGUUGCGGUAAUAAUGUUUGUUGUAAUGAGGCUGAUUUUAAUUCUCUGCUCUUAACGGUCAUCAUUUCUGGAACAAUGUUAUUUUUAACAUUAUGUUACAUUUGUUAUUAUUGCAUUUCUCGGCGAAUUUAUGUGUCUUUCAUAGAUACAAUUACUUAUACAUUAAUGUCUAACCAACGUGAAAAUAAAGCAAACAUCUUGAAGAAUCAAGAAUCAAUGGAAAACUGUAUUGUAUCAAUAGAAAAGACAAAAACUAUGCUUUAA